AUGAGUCGAAGCGCUCUCGUGGCCGAUGACCGAGAGACAUUUGUAAAAUCACAAGUGAGUGUUUUGUUAUUUAUUUAUUUUUAGGACGUUUGAAUCGAGAAUCCGAAGUUUAAUACCUAAAAAGUUCAGAUAAUCGCUGUGCAAAAAGUUUUGAACAAGGCCGAGGCCCCGCUGAAGCAGAAACAUGUUCGAUCCCUUAUUGUGGGUACCCACAAAGAGCGGUCUGCUUCUUUAUUCUGGAGCACAGUUUCCAGAAUUCCAUUGGAAAAGAGUCCGAUAAUAACGUGGAAGUUCUGCAAUCUCCUCCACAAACUGAUACGUGAUGGCCAUCGAAAAGUUCCAGAUGACUGCGCUCGUCAUAUCAGCAAACUGGUACAUCUGGGAAACUUUUGGCAGCAUCUUCGAGCCAGUGGUUACGGGAAUGCGGACGCCGUUUAUUGUAGAUUACUAACGAAAAGGCUACAAUUCCAUCAGAAAGUAAGGCUCGAAAAUAAUUUUACUGCAUUGUUGUAGUAUCCUCAAAUCCCUGGGAGCGUCCAGUUAACAGAACAACAAAUAAACACGAUCAGUUCAGAUAUGAAUCUCAGCUUCGAGCUUGGAAUUGAUCUUCUGGAUCAACUCGACGAACUUCUUGGCUUUCGGAAUGCAGGUAUGUAAUUGUUUUGCUUACGAUUAUUUUAUUUUAGUGACAACCUUGGUCGAUGGAUACCGAUGGACGUCUAUGGUUCCACAAUGCCAAUGUUUACUGGCCCCGUUGAUCUUGGUUGUAUUAGACACAUCUUUAUUUUACGAUAUCUUGGUUAAGAUCAUCUUCAAAUUGCACAGUGAAUUACCGGAGGAUGUAUUGAUGGGUCAUAGACAGCGAUUUAUGACUACGUUUAAGAAGCUCAAGGAGUUUUACGAGGCUGCGUCAAAUCUUCAGUAUUUUAGGUACCUAGUCUCGGUACCAACUUUACCAGCUGUAAGUCGUCUUAAAAGUUUAUAUCUCUUUUCAGAAUCCUCCAAACUUCUUACAAUCUUCUGAUCUGGAUACUUACCGCACUCCUCAUGCUUACCUUCGAGAUGAAAAUGGGUCUGACGGAACUGAAACACCACCUGAUGCUCAAUCAGUUCAGGAAGAAAGCAAUUUAAUCAUAGAUCUCGAUAUCCCCGAGACGUCUUCUCAUGUUCAAAGCAAUUUAGGAGUGUCGCCGACAAGAGAAUUAGAGCAGUGGGUUUAAAAUUAUGUUUAAUUGAAAUCAUGUUCAAUUUUAGAAUGCAAAUGAUGGAGAAGAUGGCAGAGUUGAGAAGAGCCUUAGAAAGUGAAAUGAAAGCAAAAGAUGACAUUGUGCUUGAAGCAAGGAGCAGAAUUGAGCAGUAUGAAGCGAGGUUGGUCGAGAUGAAGGAAGAAAGCGACGCCUACAAAGAACAAUCAGAGCAGCUUACUGUUCAACUUCAACAACUCAAAGAUACUGCAAAUGCGACUGAACAACAGGCUGAAAUACAACGACAGACCGAAGAAAAAGCAGCUGAAUUUGAAAGAAAAUAUACCAAAUUGAAGACAGCUUAUGAGACUUUCAGAGGAGAACAUAUACAGGCAUUAACUGAGCUCCGAGAUCUCCGUAAAUUCAAAACCGAGAGAUCUUCGGAGAUUGACGAACUGAAAGUUGAAUUGGAAAAUGAAAGGAGAAAGGCAGAUGAAGGGAUUCAGAGGAGUUCCGAUGCCGUACAGGAACUUAAUCAACAGUUACAGCAAUUGAACAUUGAUCUACAGAAUCAGAAGAACGAAGAAGUGGACAAACAGCUGAGUAAGUACUUGUUUGAAUAUUUUUAUUUUUUAGGGGUCAUUUCGGAAUCAGCGGAGGGAAUUCUUUCCCAUUGCAGAGAAGAGCUCCAGAACUCUUCCACGAUUUCUUAUCCGCCGCAUCUGGCUGAGGCUGAACUCAAAUUUGCGCAGAAUAGUCUUCAACAACUGCAUGACUGUGCAAAAGGAGGUGCAUUUGAUGAAAGAUUCAGGAGAGAAGCCAUUUUAUUUCUGCACUACCUAUGCAAUUCACUCGUUCCAUGUGCGGCUGCAGCCUACACAUCCAGCAUCGAACAUUAUGAACGUAAGUCCGCUCGGUAUCGUAGUCGUAUUGAAAUAUUCGCGCCCUUGGCCCAAAAAUAUUAUGGGCCCGAACUUUCGCUGCCCACCGAAAAAUCGCAGUGCCGAAGUAUUUUUUUUUCUUUCAGCAGUCUUAAAUGUGUGUAAGAAUGUUGUAACAGAAGUGUCGACUGCGUAUGAAGAGCUCAGCAAGGACAAGAUGUCUCAACUCGCUUCUCAACAACUCCCAAAAGUGAUUGAUCUUUUGAAUAACCUAGAAGAUAUGAUUGUCGCUCUUCCAACGUCAUCUGGCGACAUUGAUCUAGAAGUUGUGGGGGUACAAUUACAAGAAGAAAUGGAAAGAAUGAACAACGCCAUCAAACAAGCGGCCGAGAGGAUGAAGGAACUGCAAGAAAAAUCGAAAUCCAAGAAUACAGGCACCAGACUGGCUGUUAAUGAUAAGAUCCUCGACCAUUGUAACCAACUGAUGGCUGCGGUUUAUGAAUUGGUUGAGAAAUCUAGAGAUCUUCAACAAGAGAUCGUGGAUUCUGGUAGGGGAUCGGCUUCCCCGAAUGAGUUCUAUAAAAGAAAUCACCAGUGGACCAAAGGUUUAUUAUCGGCCGCUCAAGCUGUUGGAGUGGCUGCAUUAGAACUAAUGUAGGUAUAAAUCGUCUACACAAGUUAUUCGUUUUUUAGGAAUUCCGCUGACAAGGUUGUUCUCAAUGAAGGGAAACUGGAAUAUUUGAUGGUUUCGGCCCAAGAAAUCUCGGCCAGUGUCGCUCAAUUGUUCGUUUCAUCUCGGGUAAAGGCUGACAGAGAGUCGGAGAAGAUGACGAAACUUGGCAAAGCCUCAAAACGAGUCAACGAAUGCACUGGAGCUGUGUUGGCUGCUGUGAAAGAUGGCAAGCAAACACUGGAGGAAGAACGUAAGAUAUUGUUGCCUAUUACUACCAGAAUAUAAGCGAGUAUAUUAGAAUUUAUAUUUUUUAGAACUAUUCGACUUCUCUCAUUAUUCCUUGCACGAUGCUAAGAAAGCGGAGAUGGAAUCGCAAGUGAGAGCACUCGAAUUAGAGAGUCUUCUUAGUCAGGAACGAUCCAAGCUCGCCAAUCUCAGGAAACAGCAUUACCACAUGGCGGCUCUGGUUGAUAAUGAAAAUACGUCUUAA